AUUCGGAGGGAGGGUGUUCCUGUGUGAUGUAUGGUGUGGGAUGGGGCCACUGACUCUCUCAGAUACAGACAUCUCUCGUCCGCACCUCUCUACGCAUGUUCUCGCCCACUUAGCAGUUACAACGCGAUAGUAAACGAGGAUGGGAGAUGGAUAACGAGAGAUAGGGCAGAUAGCAAUAACAGGAAACUCGACAGCGCUUUCCGUGUUGAUGACCAGGGGGAGAGGGAGAGAGAGGAACCAACAACGAGAGGGUCAGGGUGACAGUAUAGAUUAGAGGAGAAUAUACACUUCAUUUCCAAAAACGCCGAGGAGUGGAGUUGUUCCCGGUUCGCCAUAUACCACAUGAAUUUGAGAAGUGGAGGGGCGGCCACCAUGGAUUCCCCGUCUGAUCUGUUCUGUCAGCAGUCGUCCCCGAUGUGCCCUUUCGGCCUGUACCGCAGUCCCUCCGGGAGCGCUCCGUCAGCAGCCAGCCGCUACCCAGGUGGCAGUCCACCCUCCGCCUACCCACCCCUGGUGUCCCCCCUGCUGCACCCCAGCAGCGCCUCUCAGAGCUGGGGUGGCUACCGCCAGCAGCAGCAGCACCACCACCAGCGCCCAGGCCCAGGAGGCCCCUUCCUCCAGGCGCCGUCCCUGGAGCCUGAGCUGGAGGAUGGGGGGGUCGACGACGCGGUGGGGGUGGAGGAUCCGGACCAGGAGGACGAGCUGCUGGGGAGGGACCCAGGUGGAGCCGUAGCAGCAGCCGCAGCAGCAGCAGCUUUAGGGAGCAUGGCAGGGCCCACGUUGCUGUCUCACCUCUUCCCUGGAGCCAUGAGGAGAGGGGUGGCAGCGGAGCCAGAGGAGUGGGGGCAGGACGUGCUUCAUGUGAAGAGGCUGAGGAUGGAACACCAUCUGGGGAAGAAGGACUUGGGAGGAGAGAGCCAGGACACAGAUGAAGAGGAGAAAAGGGGAAGGAGAAGAGACGCAUUUCUGCAGCAGAAGAGAAAGGAGGAGGAUGAGGAUGUUGGGCGUGCUGGAGGUGGAGGUGGCGGUGGAGGUGGAGAGCAGGAGCCGGACCAGAGGAAAGGGAGCCGGGAGGGGAGGAAGAGGCAGCGGCAGGAGCUGAAGCUCCAGCUGCAGGAGACCCGUCAGAAGCUCCUGGAGCUCCAGAGGAGAGUGUGGAAGGCCUGCGACAAGCAGCAGACACAGGGAGGAGUAGGAGGAGGAGAAGGAGGAGGAGGAGACCAGAGGAAAGACAACAACAAAGGAAGAAAGAGUGACAACGAUGAGAGAGAGAAAGCACGGAUGGAUCAGGCAGAGGCAGAGAUGGAGGACGAGAUGUUUCUCGAAGAUGGAGAUCAUGGUGUAUUUCACAACAGCAGCGAGGACUUCCUGGCUCCUGUGGACUCGUCCAGCAAAACCUCCCAGCAGAACGUGAGCGGCAUGGACGAUCUCACCCCGGAUGAGACCAUGGACCUGGAUGUGGAGCUGGAGCGGGACGCCGAGAGAGGAGGAGCAGGAGGAGGAGCAGGAGGACUGGCUGGUAGCGUGUGGGUGGGCUGUGGUGUGGCCACUCAUGGGGAGUGGGAGGGUCCCGGCGGUGGGCAGAAGUUCGCCCAGGCCCUCAAGCAAGAGCUGGGCAGUGCCGUGGCACGAGUCAUUGACAGGGUGAUCCGGCUCUAUGCCGAGGCGGAGAACACAGCACCGCCCGGGUCCGCCGCGCUGGUGGUCCACAACCAGCGGAGCGGCGGGCUCGGAUCGGGACUGCCGACCAUGGAGGAUGGGGAUCAGCGGAGGCACAGCGGGCCAACUCUAAGCCAGGCGCUGGAGCAGGCUGACGCUUCUUCGCUGGUGCCCAGAAACCACCAGCCACUGGAGAGGAGGAACCAAAGCCUCCACACGGGCUUCCCACCUGGAGGUCAUCGCGGUGGAGGAGGAAGGCCCCUGCCUCCGCAAUCCAGCCCAGGCAUGCCCCACCUCCCUCAGCCUCCAUUGCAAGCUCUCCUGCCCCCACCACCACGUGCCAAGGACCCCUUCCUGCCCGCCUUCCCCUCGGGUCCUCCGGCCGUCCCCUUGCCGCUGCUACACUACACCAUGCAGCACCUCUUUGCCCGCUCGCUCUCCAAUCUUCCCCUCCACCACAAGGACUCGCUGCCGCCAGAGCCCUUCCUGGACUUCCGCUCCCACCACGGCCCCUCGUUCCCCCCUCUGCCUCUCCUCGGACAGCUGGAGCCACCACUCUCCUCCAUGCGAGGAGGGAGGGAGGGAGCGAUACGGGACGGGGGGAUUCGAGGUGGAGGUGGGGGUGGCCUACUGGAUGGUGGGGACGGGUCCCUUUACCUCGGUGCAUCCUCUCAAGAGGGCCUGUCUCCAUGCCACCUGAAGAAAGCCAAACUGAUGUUCUUCUACACGCGCUACCCCAGCUCCAACACGCUCAAAACCUACUUCCCCGACGUCAAGUUCAACCGCUGCGUGACCUCCCAGCUCAUCAAAUGGUUCAGUAACUUCCGGGAAUUCUUCUACAUCCAGAUGGAGCGCUUCGCCCGGCAGGCGGUGCGGGAUGGUGUGCUGGCGCCCCGGGAGGGGGCCCUGCGGCUGGGACGCAACUCUGAGCUUUACCGCAUCCUCAACAUGCACUACAACAAGAGCAAUGACUACCAGGUCCCCGAGCGUUUCCUGGAGGUGGCUGAGCUGGCCCUGAGGGAGUUCUUCAUCGCCAUCCAGGGCGGCCGCGACACUGACCCCUGCUGGAAGAAAUCCAUCUACAAGAUCAUCUGCAAGCUGGACAGCCCCGUCCCCGACAGCUUCCGGCUGCCCGGCUGCCCAGUAGACACACAUCGAUCCGUGUGAAAGCGUGGGAAUGUACACACCACUUUUAUACACAAACACACACACACACACACACACACUGUGACACUGACACAUACAUGCACACAAACACACGCACGCACACACGCAAACGCACACACACUCUGUAACACUGACGCGCACACGCACGUACGUACGUACACACACACACACACACACACACACACACACACACACACACACACACACACACACACACACACACACACACACACACACACACACACACCUGGCUAUGUUAAAUGGCACCACUUGUGGGUUUUCAUUUUUUUUUAGAAGAGAAGAGAAGAGAAGAGAAGAGAAGAGAAGAGAAGAAAAACACACUUGUUCCUUUGUCUCUCUCUAUCUCUCUCACACCACAUUCGUUCACUGUACAGGCAUGCACUUACACGUAUACACACACACUUGCUGUCGUAUCGUAUGUGCGACAUUUUAAGAUAAAAUAAAUCAGUCUAUUGUUGACUCAGUACUACUCUGAACAAGCUUACGGCCAGCUUUAAUGAAAAAAAAAUGAACAAACAAGAAGGGAGGAGAGCUUUUGGGCUGAAGUCAGUUUAAAAAAAAGCAUCUUGUCUUUAAGCUCUGCUAGUUAAAACAAUGCCACGUGGGGCCCAAAGUAUUGAAUGUUGAGCUGUGGUGUUGCUACAAUGGUCUUUUUAUUAAAAUAAUACGUUGAGUGUUGUGGUCCUCAAAAACUCUGAGCUUGCACUUGCUGUCUUUACUGGAUGAAGGGUAAACAAAGUUGUAGUAUGCAGUGUUGCAUCACUUCAAUGAAGGAUUACUGUCUUAUAGUUUGCAUAUUUAAAAGGGGCAGUUUUUGGCAGGCUUUGUAUGUUUAAGAAAAGCACAUUUUAUCAUUUUGUCAAAGAAAAUAAUUGUAUGGGUGUUUCUAUUCCAAGUUUUUGAGCCAGAUUUUUUUUCUGUGAAUUUUAAUG